UGUUUUAAUUUCCUAGGUCUUUGUGUGUGUACAUAUUUGUAUAAUGAUAUAAAAGCAUCAACAGUUGACAGAAAGCAUACCAGAAAGACAGUCAACUUCUUUAGUACUUCAAAAUCUUUUAAAAAACUAGUUGUAUUUCUUUUGUCAAUUGCUUCUCUGCCUUUUUAUCCAGGUGGGGAUGAUUAAAUUUGCCUCUAAAUACACAAACUUCCAUUCUUUCAAGCCAUAAGGAGGGAUUCUUUAAGCAUUGAUUCUUUUUAGCUUUUUAGUUUGAAUUAAGGUUUCUUCAAAUAACCAAGAACUAGCUAGUUUGCUGCUGAUGAACAGGCCAUGAACAUGACUUCUCCAACAACUCAAUUUGCCCCCACAAGAAGGAUGGGUAUAUAUGAACCGUUUCACCAGAUGAGCGUGUGGGAAGACGCAUUUAGAGGUGACAUUAUGCCUAGCGCUGAUCCAUGUCUGGUUUCACAGCCAAACGACAGGCCAGAUGACAAGUCGGGAUAUACGUCUGGUGAACAACAUAUGCCCUCUGGCUCUGGGGAUAAUCAAGCACCGAGGAGUACUUCAGAAAAGGUACAACGACGUUUAGCACAAAAUCGUGAAGCUGCGCGUAAAAGUCGUAUGCGGAAAAAGGCUUAUGUUCAGCAGCUGGAAACAAGCCGUUUGAAGUUGGCCCAACUUGAGUUAGAGCUCGAGAGAGCUAGACAGCAGGGACUGUACAUGCUAGGUUCAAAUGCCAAUAUGGGGCUACUCGGAACAAUUAAUCCAGGAAUAGCUGCAUUUGAGAUGGAAUACAGCCAUUGGGUUGAAGAGCAACAAAAAAAGAAUACAGAAUUGCGGAGUAUUUUGCAGUCUCCUGUAAGCGAAAUGGAGCUUCAGUUGCUGGUAGAAAAUGUCUUAAGCCACUAUUUCAAUCUCUUCCGGAUGAAAGCUGACGCCGCCAAGGCUGAUGUAUUUUACUUAAUGUCUGGGAUGUGGAGAACAUCCGUGGAGCGCUUUUUCCUCUGGAUUGGAGGAUUCAAGCCAUCAGAUCUCAUAAAUGUAGUGAUGCCACAACUCGAGCCUUUGACCGAUCAGCAAAUCAUUAAAGUCUGUAAUCUGCGACACUGUUGCCAGCAAGCAGAAGAUGCUCUCACACAGGGAAUGGAUAAACUUCAGCAGACUCUGGCCCAGAGCAUCCUAAAUAUGACCACAGGAGCUGGAAGUUACAGUUCCCAAAUGGUUUCUUCUAUGGAAAAUUUAGAAGCAUUGGAAAGCUUUGUUAACCAGGCGGACCACUUACGCCAACAAACACUACAGCAAAUGUCCAUUAUUUUGACAACACGCCAAGCAGCUAGAGGCUUACUUGCUUUCGGGGAGUAUCUUCAACGUCUUCGUGCUCUGAGUUCACUCUGGGCUGCACGUCCUCGUGAACCAACUUAAUCUGUAACGACAAAGGAGAUGAACUUAAUUAGAUUAUCCUUGCUUGCUGCUGGUAAUGCCCCAGCUGUAAAUUGGAAGUGUUUGUCAUAAUUUUGCUUAGGCGGAUUUAGUUUUUUAUGAUCUGAUAUACAUAUUUUUCGAGGUAAACUUGCCAAGUCUAGAAAUUUGUGUAUAUAUAUUUGGAUAUUGUAUAUAGGCUAUAGCCCUGUAAUAAUUUGCUUGGAUGCUUUUUGAAGAAACGAUAAGAUUUACUAUCUCA